UAGCUUUGUGCCCAUACUUUUGUGUGCACUCUUUGUCAUUCAGGCCUCGGAGUUUAGUCACUCCAAGGUCUCAACAAAUGUAAGUUGUAUUGAUGCUGAGAGGAAAGCUCUUAUCAAGUUCAAGCAGGAGCUCACCGAUCCUUCCAGACGUCUAUGGUCAUGGAUUGGUGAGGAUUGUUGCAAGUGGCAAGGAGUUACAUGCAAUGAGAAGACUGGUCACGUCUCGAAGCUCGAUCUCCAUAAUCCUUGUGAUGACUUAGAGAAGUGCAUUUUGGGAGGUAAGAUACAUAUUGCUCCAAACAAACUGAAACAUUUGAAGUAUCUAGACCUCAGCUUCAACAAUUUUUCAACCCAACAAAUUCCAGAAUCUUUAGCUUCUCUUAAAAAGCUAGAGUAUCUCAACCUCUCAAAUGGAGGUUUCUAUGGAGAUAUUCCUCAUCGGCUGAGUAAUCUUUCCAAUUUACGGUACUUGGAUCUUAGUAGUGGGUGGUUGGUGCAAAAAAUAGAGAAUCCUCAAUGGCUAUCCACAUUUUCUAACUUAAAGUACUUGGAUCUCUCUAAUACAUAUGGUCUAGAUACCAAAGAAUGGUUAAGUCCUAUCAACAUGCUUUCCUCCUUGGAGUUUUUAAGAUUGAGUGGAUGUGGUUUGGAAGAUGUUCCAGCCUCCCAGCAUGUCAAUUUCACUUCUCUUAGAUUCCUUGAUCUAAGUUACAACUCCUUGAAUUCAUCUAUUCCUCUUUGGUUUCAAAACUUCAGCAAACUCGAGCAUCUUGAUUUAAGUAAUAAUGAUCUCCAAGGUAUAUUCCCUGCUGUCAUCCUUGAAAAUAGUCCGUGGCUUAGAUUCUUUGAUGUCUCUGGAAAUAAGCUAGAAGGUGAACUUUUGAAAAAUUUGAGCAUUUUCUGCAAUCUACAAGUACUGCGCUUGGGUUAUAACAAAUUUAGUGGGAGGAUUUUUGACAUCAAAGGUGAUGCUUUGAUUUGUGGACAAAGCAACUUGAAGACUAUUGAUGUUUCCAACAACAAUUUCAAUGGUCACUUGCCCAAUCAAUUUGGGAAUCUCAAAUAUCUUGAAAUCCUUGAUCUUUCAUGGAACUCAAUUUCAAGUCCAAUUCCCACUAAUGUGGGCCAACUAUUAUCUCUAAGAGAGUUGCAGCUCUCUUCUAACAAAUUGAGCGGAAAUAUUCUAAAAAGUAUUGGGCAACUAUCCAAUCUAGAGGUAAUGGACAUUGGUGAUAAUCAAUUAGAUGGAGUUGUCAACGAGCUUCACUUUUCUAGUCUCACCAGCUUGACCUCGUUGUACUUUUGGGGGAAUGAGCUUGUUAUAAAUGUUAGUGCAUCUUAGGUUCCUCCUUUCCAAAUUUAAGAAAUUGUUAUGUCAAGUUGCAAAGUGGGACCGAAAUUCCCAAACUGGCUUCGAACACAAAGGACCCUUUCAGCAUUAGACAUGUCAAAUGCUAGCAUCUCGGAUGAAGUUCCCUAUUGGUUAUCUAACGUUUUAUCUGACAUUGAAGAGUUGUAUCUCUCAAGCAAUAUGCUCAGAGGAAAAAUUUCCCAAAUUAUAGGGAAAAAGAUGCCACUAUUAACACUAAUGUCACUUUCUAGAAAUAACCUUAGCGGUGGCUUUCCAAAUUCAUUAUGCAUGUCAGAUUUUUUGUCUUUUCUUGAUCUCUCUAAGAACCAACUAUCUGGGAAACUUCCACAAUGUUGGAGGAAGUCGCAAGUAGAUUUGCAUUGGAUUUUAUUGGGAGACAACCGGUUAAAUGGUCAAAUUCCAAACUCUCUAUGCUAUCUAGAGGGAUUAGAACUUCUAAGCCUCCAUGGAAAUGGCUUGAAUGGAGUGAUUCCAAAAUGUUUACUGAAGCUAAAUUUAGAAGUCCUCGAUCUUAGUGAUAAUCAAUUCACUGGUAGAAUACCUCAGUUUGGACAACACUCUCAAUCAUUUAGGAUAAUCGAUCUUGAGAAAAAUUACUUCACUGGAGACAUUCCUUUGGAGCUAUGCCAUCUUCCUAUCCUCCAGCAAUUAAGCCUAGCACAUAACAACCUUUCUGGAGGCAUUCCUCGUUGUUUCAACAACUUCUUGCAGAUGUGGGCUAAUUCCACCUUUUAUCCAUAUGGGGGAUUUGUGUUGGGGGUUUCUAUUAUGGUUAAUAUAAAAGGAAGAAGCCUAGAAUUCACCAAGACACUCCUAUAUUUAUUUUCCAUUGAUCUUUCAAGCAAUGCAUUAGACGGACAAAUACCAGAAGGAUUGACUAGGCUUGCUCGACUUCAGAAUUUGAAUCUCUCUCAAAAUAAGCCGAUUGGAAAAAUCCCUUCAGAUAUUGGCAAAUUGAGAGAUUUAGAAUCAUUGGAUUUAUCCAAUAACAAGCUAUUGGGUGAAAUCCCUCCUAGCAUAUCCAAUUUAGACUUUUUAAGCCGUUUGAAUCUUUCAUAUAACAAUUUGUCUGGUCCCAUUCCAUCGAGCAAUCAACUACGCACUCUGGAGGGUCAAUCUAUUUAUCGUGGCAACAAUGGACUUUGCGGAGCUCCUCUUUUGAAAGUUUGUCCAGGUGAUGAGGAUAAUAAUAUGGAUAGACCAUAUGGUCACAAUACAAGUGAAGAUGAAUCUAACGAAGGUAACUUCGUUCUUAAUUGGUUUUACUCAGGAUUGGGAUGGGGUUUUGCGAUGGCAUUAAUGGGAUUCUGUGGUAUAUUACAUAUCAAUCAAACUUGGAGGACCUCCUAUUUUCAGAGAGUGGAUAUGAUUAUUCAAAAAAUUUGCUCUCGAGGAUGAUUACUAUGCUUUGGUUCAAGAGAGUCUUUCAAUUUCAACUAUGCAAUUAAGAGGUGACACCUUUAUGAAAGUACAGGUUGAUUAAUCCAAUUCUGGAGACAUGUGCCACUACAAUUGCUAUGAAACUGAUAGUUCCUUUCUUUAUGAUGGAAGAUUGCUAUUGAAGCGUCAAGUAAUAAAGAAGUUGUGCUCAUUAUUGUCCAACAUUUCUCUCUUUCUUUCCGUUUGGUGAUUAAAAAAAAAAAAUUCUCUUGCUUUUGUCCUAUAAAAUAAUAUGUAUAUGUUUAAUGUGAAAUGAGCAGAUUAUGU